UCAUCUUCUGCUUGAUUCCUUUGUAAAUCCACAUCCCUCUGUAUUCUUCUGGUAAAUAAAUACAAUCUGAUUCACAAUGGAAUCAGUACAACAUGUUUCGACCUCUUCCAAAGCUUUGUUCAACAGGGUCCGCAAGAUAGUGCCCCCACUACUAGAGAAGUUUCAUAAAGGGCAAUUGGGGCGCGUUGCUGUUAUCGGAGGUUGCGCAGACUACACGGGAGCUCCGUAUUUCUCUGCAAUUGCAUCGGCUCGGUUAGGAUGUGAUAUGAGCCAUGUCAUCUGUGAACGAUCAGCUGCAACUGUUAUUAAAUCGUACUCCCCAAAUUUGAUGGUUCAUCCAUUGCUCGCAAGCUCCAGCUCAGUAAAUGAUCCACAGUCCAUCGAUGCACGUGCCUUGGCUAGUCCAAUUAUCGACAUGUUAUCACGUUUGCAUGUUCUAGUGAUAGGACCAGGUCUUGGCCGGGAUGGAGUGACACUCAAGGUGGUUAUGGAGGUGAUGAAAGAGGCACGAUCACGUUCCGUUCCGUUCAUCUUGGACGCUGAUGGCCUAUUCCUCGUUAUGAGCGACCUGAGCUUGGUCAAGGGUUAUAACAACUGUAUUCUAACCCCCAACGUCAAUGAAUUCAAGAACUUAGCUCGUGCUGCUGGUGUUGAUGCUCCCAGCCAGGCUCAAGUGAAGGAUUCAGGCGAAGAAAAGACAAAGAAAGAGUCAGCAGCAUGUGAGAAACUUGCACAAGCCCUGGGUGGUGUGACGAUCAUCCAGAAGGGUCCCCACGACGUCAUUUCAAAUGGCGUUAGCACUAUCAUCUCCGACAUUGAGGGCGGCUACAAGCGCAGCGGUGGCCAGGGAGAUACACUCACCGGCUCGUUGGGGACGUUGAUGGCAUGGAGGGCUGCCUAUCAUAACAAAAUGUGGGAUACAGGCGAGAAAGAGAACCCGAAGGAAGCAGAAACCGAACAGGAGGUCAAGGCUGAAAUUGAGGCUGAGGAUAGGAGAAUGUCACCGGCUACCACACUGCUUCUCGUUGCGUGGGCGGGCAGUGGGAUCACCCGAGAGAGCUCCCGGCGUGCAUUCAUGGCCAAGAAGAGAAGCAUGCAGGCGAGUGAUUUGACAGAUGAAGUACAUGAGAGCUUUUUGUCACUGAUUGGUGAGCCUGAUGGAUCCAAGGCGGCGUUGUAGCCUUAAUGUAGCUGUCCAAAAAUAUGAACUUCUCAUGCAGGUCUAGUACAAUACAUAGACUAUGCAUAGAACGUGCGGUCUUCGCUCCAUUCAGC